UCACCCCCUGCAGACGUCUCAUCCUGUGUGCAGACAACAGGAAGGAGAUGGAGGAGUGGAUGGCAGCUCUGCGCAGCGUCCAGAACAGACAAAACUAUGAGUCCACCCAGUACAGCAUGGAUCACUUCAGUGGGAUGCACAACUGGUACGCCUGCUCCCACGCUCGGCCCACCUACUGCAACGUGUGCAGGGAGGCGCUGUCGGGGGUCACGUCCCACGGCCUGUCCUGUGAAGUGUGUAAGUUCAAGGCUCAUAAGCGCUGUGCAGUCAGAGCCACCAACAACUGUAAAUGGACGACUCUGGCUUCUAUCGGAAAGGACAUCAUCGAGGACGAGGACGGGGUGUCCAUGCCUCAUCAGUGGUUGGAGGGGAACCUGCCGGUCUCAGCUAAAUGUAACAUCUGUGAGAAGACGUGUGGCAGCGUGCUGCGUCUGCAGGACUGGAGGUGUCUCUGGUGUAAAGCCAUGGUGCACUCAGGCUGUAAGGAGCAGCUGUCCUCUAAGUGUCCUCUGGGACAGUGCAAAGUGUCCGUCAUCCCCCCCACGGCACUCAACAGCAUCGACUCUGACGGUUUCUGGAAGGCGUCCUGUCCUCCGUCCUGCACCAGUCCUCUGCUGGUGUUUGUCAACUCCAAGAGCGGAGACAACCAAGGCGUCAAGUUCCUGAGGCGCUUCAAGCAGCUGCUGAACCCGGCGCAGGUGUUCGACCUGAUGAACGGGGGACCACACCUGGGCUUGCGUUUGUUCCAGAAGUUUGAUACGUUCAGGAUCCUAGUGUGUGGCGGAGACGGCAGUGUCGGCUGGGUUCUGUCCGACAUCGACGCGCUCACGCUGCACAAACAGUGCCAGCUGGGAGUUCUUCCUCUGGGGACGGGGAAUGACCUGGCCCGGGUUCUGGGUUGGGGUUCUGCCUGCGACGACGACACGCAGCUGCCCCAGAUACUGGAGAAACUGGAGAGGGCCAGCACCAAGAUGUUAGACAGAUGGAGCAUUAUGGUCUAUGAGACCAAGUUUCCACGGCAACAUUCUGCUUCCACCGUCACCGAGGACUGCAGCGACGACUCUGAGGUUCAGCAGAUUCUGACCUACGAGGACUCGGUGGCUGCUCACCUGUCUAAGAUCCUGACCUCAGACCAGCACUCUGUCGUCAUCUCCUCCGCCAAGGUUCUGUGUGAGACGGUGAAAGACUUUGUGGCUCGUGUUGGUAAAGCAUACGAGAAGAACACAGAGAGUUCAGAGGAGUCGGAUGCCAUGGCCAAGAAGUGUGGUGUGUUGAAGGAGAAGCUGGAUUCUCUGCUGAAGACUUUGAACGAGGAGUCUCAGGCCUCCGCCGUGCCCCCCCCGGCUCCCUCCCCCAUCAUCGCAGAGGAGCAAGAGGAGGUCGAGAGAGAACUGCCUCCUCUUCACCAUCUUCAUCUUCACCAUCCUCCUCAUCACAGCUCCCCACGCACCAACACCUCCUCCUCUGCAGCCGCCAUCUUUAAACCUCGAGAGCAGCUGAUGCUGAGAGCUAAUAGCCUGAAGAAAGCCAUCAGACAGAUCAUUGAGCAUACGGAAAGAGCGGUGGACGAGCAGAACGCUCAGACUCAGCAGCAGCUCUUCUCUCUCAGUCGGACGGAGGAGGACAAUGGUCUGGUGGAGGAGGAGGAGGAGGAGGAGGUGGAGGAGGAGGAAGAGGAGGAGGAUGAUGAGGAUGAUGAGGACAAGGUGUCUCUGCAGUCGUCCUGCAGCGCCAAUCACCGCAGCACAUGCAGAGUCAGUAAAACGCCCUGUGAGAAGCUGAUCAGUAAAGGUAGCCAGUCACUGGGCAGCUCCGCAUCACUUCCUGUGCAGCCAGGAAGUAGGGAGAACAUACCCAUGCUCAACACAAAGAUCCUCUAUCCAGGCCUCAGAGGGAUCUCAGCUUCUCUCUCCAGCAGCUCUGUGAUCAGUCGUCUGUUGGUGAACGCCGACCCAUUCAGCUGUGACCCCGACAACAUGGACUGCUACACUGAGAAGUGUGUGAUGAACAACUACUUUGGGAUCGGACUUGAUGCUAAAAUCUCUCUGGACUUCAACAACAAAAGAGACGAACACCCAGAGAAGUGCAGGAGCCGCACCAAGAACAUGAUGUGGUACGGAGUCCUGGGAACCAAAGAGCUGCUGCACAGAACUUACAAGAACCUGGAGCAGAAGGUUCUGCUUGAGUGUGAUGGGCGGCCCAUCCCUCUCCCCAGUCUGCAAGGCAUCGCUGUGUUGAACAUCCCGAGUUAUGCAGGAGGAACCAACUUCUGGGGAGGAACCAAGGAGGACGACACGUUCACAGCUCCGUCCUUUGAUGAUAAGAUCCUGGAGGUGGUGGCGGUGUUUGGCAGUAUGCAGAUGGCCGUGUCCCGAGUCAUCAACCUGCAGCACCACCGUAUCGCACAGUGUCGUACGGUGAAGAUCACCAUCCUGGGUGAUGAAGGCGUCCCGGUGCAGGUGGACGGGGAGGCGUGGGUCCAGCCUCCAGGCUACAUCAAGAUCAUCCACAAGAACCGAACCCAGACCCUCACCAGAGACAGGGCAUUUGAGAGCACCCUGAAGUCGUGGGAGGACAAACAGAAGUGUGAGUUUCUCCGGGCCCCCCCUCAGCCCCCCCUCUCCUCCCAGCCGGAGAUCGUCUCUGAAGAAGAGGCGUCACUCGUCAGCGAGUUCGGACAGGCAGCAGGAGCUCUCAUACACAGUAUCCGUGAGGUGGCUCAGUCUCACCACAGUCUGGAACAGGAACUCGCUCAUGCUGUGAACGCCAGCUCCAAGGCCAUGGACGUCGUGUACGCCGACUCCAAGAGCUGUGGGGCUCUGAGCUGCAGUGUGGUUCUUCAGAUGGUCGGUGAUGUUAAAGCUUUACUCAGUGAGACUGAACUUCUGCUGGCUGGAAAAAUGUCGCUGCAGCUGGACCCCCCCCAGCAGGAGCAGUUGAAUGCAGCUCUGAGCUCCGUGGAUCAGCAGCUCCGCCGGCUGGCUGAUGUCCCCUGGCUGUUCCCCGUCAUGGAGCCGUCAGAUCACGAGGGUCCUCUGACAGAUUUCUCUAAACGCAGUCGUAGUGCCAAGUUUCGUCUCGUCCCGAAGUUCAAGAAAGACAAAAACAACAAGAACAAAGAAACCUGUGCUACUCUGUCUCUACCAGUUCACCAGUGGGGGACGGAGGAGGUGGGGGCGUGGCUGGACUUUCUCUGUCUCACUGAGUAUAAGGACAUCUUUAUCGGACACGACGUCCAAGGAGCCGAGCUCAUCCACCUGGAGAGGAGGGACCUGAAGGAUCUCGGCGUGACGAAGGUGGGUCACAUGAAGAGGAUCCUUCAGGGCAUCAGAGAGCUGAACAGGAACAGCAGCGCCAGCGAGGCCUGACUGCUGCCAGGUCCGGCAGUCUGCUCUCCUCCUCCUUCUGCUGCCAUCGACCACCUGACCUAUGGCCUCUGACCCUGCAGGUCUGUGACAUCACAUGUGACGCUCGCUGUGAUUGGACCAGGCCUGUUGGCCAGAACCAAUCAGAUGAUCCACGAGUGCCUAAACAUUAAUCUACCUACACCAGAGCCAAGCAGUUUACUGAGCGCUAUAAAACAUCUGGAAACUUUAUUGACAGUGAAUCCACGUUUAUUAUCAGUGUUGCCUUUAACGUGACGAGUAGUGACGAUAAUUAUCUUCAAACACGAACACCAGUCAACCAAACAUACAGCAUCCUACGACAGCCUGAUAAAAACAGAAUAAUGAAUUACGGAGCUGGGGGAGCGGGACAAUGUUCAGGGACAAACUGAAU